CCUGCAGGAACCGAACUGCGCCGCAGCGCCCAGUUCCUCUGCCUCCUCUGCUUCUUCCUCGAGCCCGCAAGGGAAAUGAGCACUGCGUCGCGCCUUGCUUCCAUCCCCGCCGCCGCGCCCUGCUUCCAUCCCCGUCGCCGCGCCCUGCUUCCAUCCCCGCCGCCGCGCCCUGCUUCUUCCUCCUCCUCGAGGAGAUGCCCCUCGCCUCGAGCUCUAGCGCUACAAGGCCACCUUCUGCAGUUCGUUUUUGCCGGAGUUCCCCAACACCAGCAGAGCCGUCGCCUGAGAGGCUCCUCGUCCGCCGCCACCUUCAACCAACGCCACCGGCGCCCCAAGUUCUGUGCCAUCGCGCCAUCCCGGCCCUGCACCGCCCUUGCCCGUUCCCGCGUCGGCCUGAACCCAUCACUGUCGUUUUUCCUUCAGAACAACGACCAGCGCCAGUGAUCGCUCGACCACGUUGACUCGAUCGAGUCAACCGCCAGAUCCACCGCGCCUGGACCGGCCUCACCUCGGCCCAGCUUUGCCUCUGCCGGCCUCUCCCUCCUCCAGCAGGCCUUGGCCCAAUGUGAGCCCCCCUCUCGGGUUGGGCCAGCAGAGCUUUCAGAUUCAGCCCGAUAGGGUUUUUUCCCUGUUCUGUGAUUUUGUUCUUUAUCCGCAGGAUUGCAGUUUUACAGAAAAGCCAUUGUUGAUCAUGCAUUUAAUAUCUCACAAA